CACUCGGGAUAAAUGACGCUAUCCUCCCUCGCUCUGUCUCCGCACUGCUGCCUGCCAGCUUCUGUUGUGUGUCACACGCAGCAUCCUCAGCAUCAAUAGCCGAGUAGGGAUACCGUGUUGGACAUUUUGCGCGACUCAAAAUUGUUUUUUUUUUGUCGCUAUGCAGAUGAUCUGAAUCGAGACACCCUCCUCCAUCUGCAGGACUCGAUGGUGCUGAACAGGCUUGUCUGAUCUGGCCAGCGUGGGGAGGUGGUGCUGGUCCGAGAUAAAAAAAAAAUUCUGUGUGUUGGGAAAAAAACAAAAACAACAGCAUCCACUGCGCCGUCCUUGCCGUGAAUGGACUGCUAUUCCCCUCCGUGAUUGUCUGCAGUGACUCUGAGUCAUUUGGCGGCGGAGAAGAUGGCGGACCGGGCUGAGAUGUUUUCCCUCUCCACUUUCCACUCCCUCUCUCCUCCAGGCUGCAGGCCAGCCCAUGACAUCAGCUUGGAGGAGUUUGAUGAUGAAGAUCUCUCGGAAAUCACAGACGACUGCGGGAUCGGACUAAAUUAUGACUCGGAUCCUUAUGAAAAGGACUCCCUAAUUUUGGAGAAGAAUGACAUGCACCACCCAGUGUGCUCCUUCCAGGACGACUUCCAGGAGUUUGAAAUGAUUGAUGACGACGAUGAAGAUGAGGACGACGAAGAGGAGGAGGAAGAAGACGAUCCCGACGCACCCCCGUCUCCCUCGGCCUCCCCUCCACCCUCACCGACUCUGGGCACCCUGAAGAGCAGACCCACUACUCUGAACCUCACGGCAGCUGUGUCACAGGAUUCAUUGAACAACAACAGCAGUCUGUCACCAAAGAAAGGAAGUUGGCAGGACUCAUUGCGUAACCCAUCUUUACAGGGCCGCACAACUCCAACCCACUCGUGCUUGGACGAUGGCAACCAUGUGACAGGCCAGUGCCCAGCCUCUUCAGUUGUCCAGCCACCAGUGUCCCAGAGUCAAGGUACUCCAGCAAAACAAGCAGGGGAGGGUGGGAACCCCCUUUCCCCUCACAGGCCCCUCUUGUGUGACAUGGAGGGCAACAGGCGGGAGAGGCUUGAAUACGGCUCAUUUGGUCAACUCAAGUCCCAUCCUUGCCCUGGUGACAUUAUCCAACCAAAAGCUGACCCUUUAAUCCAGACCACCAGAGUACCAUCUGUAGAUGAGCAAUCCCAGUGUUCGGACACAGAGGUGGACCAUGACCUCAACAAUGGCCACAGUCACAAACAUUCAAACCGGCUUGCCACAGACACAUACACAAUUACCAGUGAGUCUGGCAUGGAGGCGGGGAACGAUCUCGAUCCGGAUGGAACCAGUCACUGCUUGUCAUCCACUGCGCCCUUGGGAGCCACAGAUGGCGCUGACACCCCCUUGUCAGAGGACGAGCUCGAUAAGGACUUUGAAGUUGAGUUCAUGCACAAGGAGACAUACGACAUGGUGUGCAAGGAGAAUCAGUCGUCAUACAUUGAGUUCCCAUCCAUUGAACCCUUUGAUCCUGCUUCCUUCUCCAGUUAUGUAUCCUCUGGUCACCUAGAUGCUUUUGACCGACCCAAACUCUCUGAUUCUCAGCCAAUGGCAGCUGCGCUGGCAGCAGCCAAUGAUUCCACCUCUCCAUCUUCAGACCCAGGGAUCGCUGACAUGAACCAGCAAGGUUAUGUGACCUCAGACCAGGACAAAGAACUGAGCUCCCCAGGUUCUGACUCUGAGCUUGAUGGAGAAGUGGAAAUAGAAUUUGCCAGUGGAGGUCCUGUGGUUUCCAAUAUGAUCUCCUCCAUCUCAGAAACAGAGCUUGACCUUACUAGUGAGAGCAGCAGUGGCCGCUCUUCUCACCUCACCAACUCCAUCGAGGAGGCCAGCUCACCAACAUCAGACCAGGAACUGGACCCGGAUACAGAGUUAGAGCAGGACAGUGGAAUCGUGGGACUGAAAGCGUCUCUCUUUUUGGGUCAACCUGACCCAAUCAAAGAAGGGUCUCCUUUACCCUCUCCGUCCCCUUUACCCUCCCCAACCAUUGGCACCCCAUCACCCGUGGGCUCCCCUAUUUUGCCUCCUGAAUGCUACGAUGGCGACCAAGCUCUGAGGGGCUUGCAAAAUGGAGACGACUACCUGUCUUGCGAGCACCAAGCUGAUCCAGACGAGACUCUUCCUCCAGCCCAGCGGUGUGAGGACAGUCUCUCCAGACAGAUGGUGCUCCAGAUAGAACCAGAUCACAGUCUUGAGAGCUUCAAACGCUCCUUCUACCUACCAGUGGGCCCCCGGAUAAUGCCCACCGCAGAUGAUUAUGAUGAAAACAGUGAGGGGGAUUCUGAGUCAGAAAGCGAAGAUGACCUGAGUGAAAACUCUGACUCACCCUGGUUGCUUAGCAACCUGGUCAACAGGAUGAUCUCAGAAGGCUCAUACCCCAUCAGCUGUCCUGAGGAGUGCUUCAAACGGGAGGUUUCUGUGUCGGAUACCAUCUCCCCGUCCUCAGACAUCGGCGACGGAGAUAGUUUUUCUGAGGAUGACCCAGGGAAGAAAUCAGGAAUUAAUAGAUUAGAGGAUGAAGAGACAGAUGGUGAACUGUUGAGAAAAAUUGAGAGAAGUAGGGUGGAGUGUACAAAUAAAGGCGUAAGCAUGAACUCUUGCCUCUAUAUGAGCAACCCGACUGGGGACACAAUUACCCCACUGGAUCACUGUUUAGAGAAUUCAAGAGAAACCACCAAUUACUCCUCAUGUACCACCAAAGUGAAGAACUUUACAGAUAAACCGUCCAAGAACAGCAAGAGACCAGAGGAAGAGAAAGAGCCCGAUAAUGACUUGAUGAUGCAAGAGGGAAGGAAGGACCUUGACUCUCCGAGCCUUACUGACAGCAUCAUCAGUGACAAAGACACAGGGAGGGAGACCGAGCCCAGGACGACUAGUCGCUCCUCAGCUUCUCUUGAACGUAUCACAGAGGUCAAACACAGCCUAACACUGGACAUACCCACUGCUCAGACGAACCGUUGCUUCAGCCUCACCUACUCCACGGACAAUGAUGAAGAAGACGAACAUGAAUACUCUUACCCGCUCUUGGAUGACUUGAGGAGGCAGUCCCACAGGGAUAAUGAGUUGCAGCUGGACAGGUCACCACCUGUUGAUACCUGUGUGCCAGACCAUCCCUGCCCGGACCGUGAUCUCCCACCUUGUGAGAAAGACCUGUCUCCAAAGCAGCCAAGUGUAGAUGACGGACUGGCCUAUGACUCCAUGAAGUACACACUUGUGGUUGAUGAGAACACAACUCUGGAACUAGUCAGCCUCAGAAGGUGCACAUCAGUUCUGAGUGAUGACAGCGAGCUCUCCACGUUGUGUGAUGAGGAGCCUCUGGAGAUGGGGCAGGUGGACUAUUGCGAAGAUGAGGAAGUACGGCCACAGCUCCUCAGUUCUUCUGAGGACUCAUCUCCCGAGGCGGACAUCCCAUUUUCCAAGAAAUUCCUAAAUGUCUUUGUCAACAGCACCUCACGCUCCUCCAGUACUGAAUCCUUUGGACUUUUCUCCUGUACCAUCAACGGAGAGGAGCGGGACCAAACACACAGAGCGGUAUACAGGUUCAUUCCCAGACAUGCAGAUGAGCUGGAGUUGGAUGUGGAUGAUCCUCUGUUUGUAGAGGAGGAAGAGGAUGACUACUGGUACAGAGGCUACAACAUGCGGACAGGAGAAAGGGGCAUCUUCCCUGCCUUCUAUGCCCAUGAAGUCAUUGGCCAGUCUAAAGAGAUGCUGGCCAUGAAACGUAACCCGGCAUGGAUGGAGACUUUCGAUGUUCAGUUCUUGGGUUCUGUUGAGGUACCUCAUCAUCAAGGCAACGGCAUUCUGUGUGCCGCCAUGCAGAAGAUUGCGCUAUCCAGGAAAAGGACAGUGCACGUGCGGCCUCCCUCCCUGUGCGAGUUGGAGAUCAGCUUGCAAGGAGUGAAGCUGAUCAUGAGCCUGGAGGAUGAAUACGACUGUCUCGAUGAGUUUGACCGAUGUAGUCACUUCUUCCAAAUGAAGAACAUCUCCUUCUGCGGUUGCCAUCCGCGGAACAACUGCUACUUUGGCUUUAUCACGAAGCAUCCGAUGCUGAACAGAUUUGCUUGCCAUGUGUUUGUAUCCCAAGAGUCCAUGCGACCUGUAGCAGAGUGUGUCGGACGGGCCUUCCAGGAAUAUUACCAGGAACAUCUGGAGUACGCCUGCCCCACUGAGGACAUCUACUUGGAGUAAGGAGGCGUUGCCUUCCUCCGCUUCAACGACGCUGUGCUUACACUCAUCCCCCUGGCCACCAGAGGGCGCUACAAAAGGCUGUGCUCUUCAUUCUCUUUUGGAAAAUCUCUCCUUUUGUCCCUCAGAGACUGGGCUCUUCAGUUCCACGACAAAUUCAUCUCUCUGUCUUGUGUCCAUCUCAGUGGACGGUUGAAUGUUUCUUUUACCGUUUUUUUCUAAGACACUAUUCUAAGACGCUGAGCACCUGUUUUUCCUCUUCCGUCACGUAAACGAGCGACCAUACUACUGAUGAUUGACAGUCCCAUGCAUGGCUAGGAGGGUUACUGCACACAGCAACACAUACGCAGGAGAAUGGUGAGCAGCUCAAUGACAACGCUGCCUCCUUGUAAAUAUUUGUUCAAUGUUCAAGGCUGACUCGGUGUCGACAUGGCAGCAGAGUAGAGAGAGUACAGUGAGCUUACCUCUGUGUCGCGUACGUGUGAUGUAAAUAGAUGUAUAGCAAGUAGACAAACAAACAAACGUCAUCUAGAUUAGGAAUCACUCACAGCAGCUGAAGGGAAUGGUAGUUUAGUUAGUGGUAUUUAAUGGCGAGGGGAACGUGAGACUCACUCGGGAGGAAUUUCGUCAACGAUUUAGGAAUAUUCGGGUCACACUAAAAAGGAAAAAAAUACAGUUAUGAUAUUUAAUAGUUUUUCCAGUAUUAAGUUGUCAUUUUUCAGGAUGAAUGCUGAAAUUCCCACAUGAGCCUAAAGGCAACACUCCAGUCCAACUACUCCUGUGUCUUCAUAUACUAAUCACGUAGUAUCAUUCAAACACUUCCGCUUUUGAGCAUAAUAUCACUUUAUUCUCUGACUUUAUUCUUGUAACAUUCUUGACUUUAUUCUUCCAACAUUUUGACCUUUUUCCCCCCUAGUAAAAUGUGACUUCAUUCUGGUAAUAUUAAGACUAUACCUUUAUUCACAGAAGAUUCAGACUUUUUCAUGCAAAAUUGUGACUUAUUUCUUAUUUAGAUAAGAUUUUCACUUUUCCCCUGAAAAUAUUUUACGAUAAUAUUGAUAUAAUUAUAUUAUACUGUUUAUGCUUCAAUAAUACAAAAAAAAAAAUUCAAUUUCAUAAUGCAUUUUUUGUCUCAAAAAGUUCCUCCAUCCAUCCAUCCAUCCAUCCAUUUUCAAUGCCGCUUAUCCUCAUUAGGGUCGCAGGGGUAUGCUGGAGCCUAUCCCAGCUGACUUUUGGGUGUGAGGUGGGGUACACCCUGGACUGGUCGCCAGCCAAUCGCAGGGCACAUAUAGACAAACAACCAUUCACACUCACAUUCAUACCUAUGGACAAUUUAGAGUCACCAAUUAACCUAACAUGCAUGUUUUUGGAUGUGGGAGGAAACUGGAGUACCCGAGAAAACCCACACACGCACGGGGAGAACAUGCAAACUCCACACAGAAAUGCCCAACGGAGAUUCUUCCCGAUCUCCUGACUGUGUGGCCAACAUACUAACCACUCGGCCACUGUCCGACUAAAAAAAACUCCUGUAUUCUGCAAAUAAAUUUGUGUAAAAUUACACCUUAAAUUUUUUAAAUUCAAAAAUGAGAUUUUAACUUUACUUUUAAGAAACAUAUAAUGAAAACAUAUCAAAAAUAUAUGACAAUAUAUUCCAAUCUACUAAUAUAUCUUCUACUAUGUUACACUUUCUGCACUCUGUGUGUGUGCUGCCGGCCCCGCCUCCACCCACCAAGACAGAGACUGUAUGACUGACCAAAGGGCUCACUCCGUUCAUGCCGUUGUUCUAUGGCACAAAUGUGCCAAAGUGAUGGAACCAAUGCAAAGAGUGAACUCUCUUCCUGCCUGUUUGGAGGCGGGAGACGAAGAAAACAGAUGCGCAUGCACAUGGCAAUGUAUUGAGGCCGGCAAAAUGAUCAAGUCCGUUUUCAUUUAUUGUGUGAUUGAUUAAUGCAUUUUUUUAUCAUCUCAGGGCUGGUGCCCACAAGACAGUUUUUUCUGAACAAUAAAUAUUGUCACGUUUUAGACUCACGAGAUCUUGUGACACCAAUUUCUCUGAAUAUUACAACUUUUCCCUCGAAAGAAACACAACUUUCUUCUUGUCGUUAUUGCUCGCAGUACAAUACAAUUUUCUUCCUUUUUAGUGUGACACUAAUACUUCUUACACUGAGUAACGCUAGUGAUGAUUUUGCCACAGUUGCACUCCCCGCUCACCUCCUCUAGAGAGAGCUCCCACGGCUCUUAACGCUCGACGAUGACUGUCAUGCUGGUAUUGCAAGCUAAUGCCCAGUGAAAAGCCAUAUUCACACUCCAACGACUGUUCUGCUCCUUUUUUUUGGCAGUUGAAUCAAAGGGAAGGGUGGAGGUUUAGACGGGAUUCGAGGUAUGAUCGUCACACGCUCUCAUAUUUAUUUAUUGCUUUUAGUGUGGCGACGGUUCGAGCAUCAGUCAUAUAUACACAAACGGUACGGGGGCUGCAGAAUAUUUAACAGCUUAUACAAGAAGAGGCUUGGUUUUGUUACUCCUCAGAAACUGUAUAUUACUGUAGUCUGCAGUUUUCAGUCACACAUGGCAGGAAAAAGGUUUAUUUCCACUGUCAUUUAGCCCAUGUAUAUAUACAAUAGAGACUCCAAAAUAGUGCUGUGUCCCUUUUCUUCUGUCUGUUAUUGAACUACUACGUUAUUGAUUGAAAAAAAAAAAAAGAAAUCAACCCAACAACACAAAAACAAACAAAAAAAAACACAUUAAUGUGUAUGUAAUGUGCAAUAAUUUCAUUUGGCUGUCUUAUGUUUCCCUCAUAAUAUCAUACACGUGGCAUUUUUAGGUGUGCGGAGACGCUUCAGCAACAGCAUUUUUAGGAUGCAAUUAGUUAGCUACGACAUAAUGCUGUCAAUGCCUCGCUCCGUUUAUGAUCCAUAUUGAUCCGAUUAUGUUUGCCCUUUUCACGCAAUGUCAUGAACACGUUUCUGUAUACUUAUAGAGGAAUACGGUACAGUAUGUGACUGAGCAAACAUAUCUUUUACCUUUAAAAACUUGUCAAAUUCAAAGCGGGAGAAAAAAAAAUUAAAAUACGUACAAAAAAAUCUGCCUUGUAAUGAAUUUGGUCUUACAAAUAAAAUAUAUGCUUGAUGUCCAAAA